UUCAUCUCUAGACUUGGCUACGGACCUUCAGGAUCACUCGAUACGCUUCUCGAACCUUCACAUCCUACGACUAAGUUUAGCCUAGGGUUCUUAUAUACUGCUUCGUCACUCGUUAUUGUCACUAUCCAGUUGACAGUUUCGCUAUUGCCCUCCGCGCUACUCGGCAGCUCUAUUCAUUACAGUACGCAGUACAAUAUGUUCCAUUGCCCCACGCACUAUCGUGCGACUGCCACCCCACCCACAUCCCCCUUCAUCCCCCUCCCACGCAAGAGUGGAGGGCACUGUAGCUUGCGGAAUGACCCAGGGAGGAAGUUGUUGGGACUAAGGAGAAGGGUCAGGUGGUCGCAGGGCGGACAGGUUGCCGUCCUCUGCCGCACUGCGGCAGAACCAAACUGGGGAAAGCGCGAGACGACACGCAGGGCAAGGGCGACAGGCGUAGGCGACCUGUCACCGAGAGGAGCGGCACUUGUAGCCGCAGCAGACCCGCUAUCACCUGCCCUUUCGGAAAAACACGCCAGGAGCGUGGGUGGGAGGGGCCAGGGGAGGGGCGAGAGGAAGGACAUGUUGUCCCCCCACCUCCCCCCCCCCCCCUUAACCCCCCUCCCCCCUAGUUGUAGAUAAUGGAGCGUGCAAGAGGAGAGUGUCAUUGGUUAGCAAAGUUGGGCGCAAGCUUAGCGCGAGGUGCGAUUCGGCCAUCUUCUCCAUAACUCAUUUCGUUGGGUUCGGCGGCGUGUGUGUGUGGCUCGCUUCAAUCGGAAGUUCCGCCAUCGUCGCAGAUAGCGCCACGGCGUUCAACGUGCGUGGUGGGUCGGCGAGACUUCAGUGCAUUCGGGAGCCAUGGUGCUGCGGAUCACGUGUCUCUGAAGCAUUUCAAUUCGCUAACAGACGCCAAGACGUACCUGCAGUAGGAGAGGGAUUGCAGCAUAUGCGGGGUGGAGAUUGUUGACAAUGCACGCCCCAUACAGCCACACCCAUUCUCUGGCAACACAGCUUUUCUCCUUGGCAACGAGUACAUGUAGCCGAGCAGCAGCUGAGUCAGCGAAAGGGGUGCAAUGGGGGAGAAGGAAUAGUCGCAACAUUCCGAGCAGAGGGUCUGCCUGUCGAUUCCGAGCAGCACGCAGCAGCCAAGCCAGAAGACAAACAAGCAGUUCAUCAGAAGCAGUGGCACCAGAAGUACCAUCAGCACUCAUAGCAGCAGCAGCGCACAGCAGGGGGUCAGCAUUUGCAUUCCGUGCCCCACGCAGCAGCCUAGCCAGUAGACAAACAAGCAGUCCAACAGAAGCAGCGGCACCAGAAGUAGCAUCAGCACUCACAGCAGUAGCAGCGCACAGCAGGGGGUCCGCCUGUGCAUUCCGAGCAGCACACAGCAGCCAGGCCAGAGCCAUUAGACAAACAAGUAGUCCGACAGAAGUAGCAUCAGCACUUACAGCAGCAGCAGCACACAGCACAGGGUCAGCCUGUGCAUUCCGAGCAGCACGCAGCAGCCACGCCAGAGCUUCCUCCUCGUCCCUAGGCCAGUCCCCAUCCCCUCUAUAGUACGCCUCGCCCAUUCGGUACUGGCUCCCCUGGUGCCCCAGCCUAGCAGCUUUUCUGUGCCACUCUAACGCCCUCUGCUGCUCGCCCCUCGCUUCCAUCACCUCCCCCAUAAUCACACACGCGUCCAGGUUCCCUGUUUCUGCUGCCCGGAAGACUAGUAGCGGGGUGAGCGGGCAGGGGGAGGGGGGGACUGGGGGAGGGAAUCCUGGGAGGUGAUAGUAACGGAUGGUGAUUGUUGGAGAGUUGAGGGGUGUACGUUGAGCAGGAAGGGUGAAUGAGCAGUGGUGGUGGGAGGGCCGAGAAGGCCGAGGGGGCAAGGGCACAUGGGUGUGGAUGGGUUGAUAACCCCGAACGUGCUCAUAUAUGUUUUGCACAUAGGCGAGUGGUGGUGCUGAUGGUGUCUGUGAUGCCGUUGCGUCUGCCGACGGCGGUGCUGAUGCUGCUGGUGAUGCUGCUGGUGAUGCUGCUGGUGAUGCUGCUGGUGAUGCUGCUGGUGAUGCUGCUGGUGAUGCUGCUGGUGAUGCUGCUGGUGAUGCUGCUGGUGAUGCUGCUGGCACUGGAUCUGGUGCUGGUGCUGGUGGCGCUGCUGAGAGGGCAUCUCUACUUGUUGAUGUGCGAAGCUUGGCAAAUGUCACUCUGGGCUUCAUUAUAGCCACAUUCAAUAGGACGUGCUGCCACGCAUACCGGGAUACAGCGGCCAACCUCAGGAGCAAGCAUGAGGAGAAGCAGCUUCAAGCUGGUUGACGCAUUGGAGCCAGCAACAGGAGCACGCAUUGUUUAGGGGCAGCAUUUGACGACAAGGAGCAAUGGCGGCAAGGAGCAAGCGUGCAAUCAGCAUUUGAGUGCGAAACCAUGAGACAUCCUCACGAGGGCACCAUGCGUGCCUUAACUCACCUGGCUGCUGCUGACGUGGCAGCGCCACGUCUUACAGACGGCGGCGCAACUGAUGAGGUCAGCAAAGGAAAGGCACAGGAAGAUUCGCUCGGUGACGUCCCAGGGGAGGAAGGAGGCCAGGCAGAGCGACGGGGGCGGCGGGGGGGUCGGUGCGGAUGACCGUUGAGACGUCUCAAGAGAUGGGGCCGGCGGGGGGUUCUGUAUAGCUGACACCCCAACCCCAGCUGUCUCAACUUGAGACGGGGGCCGCGGUGAGUCCAAGGGAGCGUGACGCGGGGGAGAGGGAUGAACGGGGAGGAGUGGGGCGCGGUCGAAGGAGGAGAGGAGGAAGCGGAGUCCGGCGGAACGGGUCCUCGGCGUGAGGCGUUGCGGUGGGGAGGAGAGGGAUGCGCAAGGACGGGGAGAGAGAUGAUGGAAGGAGAGGAGGGAGGAGAGGAAGGAGAGGGAGGAGGAAAGGCGCGAAGAGACGGAGGGGGAGAAUUCCCGCUGGUGUUGGAAUCGGCGGCGGCGGCGGCCGUGACACUGUGCUUGCAGUCAGAUUGAAUCUCGCUAGUGUCACAUCCGCUAGAGGCGCUGUCGCUUGAGUCACGCUCUACAACCAGCGCGUCCCCGUAAAUGUGGACGAUCCGCGCAAGCCUCCCCGCGCGCUCGUUGAUCUCCGCGCUGCUAGACGCAAGCGCCCAGAACACCACCAGGCGCGGGCAGAUCCGCGCGGAAAACACCUGCGCGGACGCGGACGCGCCGAUCGCAGAGAGCAGCUCGUGCUGCCACGUGGUGGGAUCUUGGUGGUCCGCGGGGAGCAGCAGCUCGUGCGGUGGCUCGGCGUAGUUCGCGGGGAGCAACGUCGCGCGGAGGUGGCGCGAAAAGUUGGCGGAAGAGUGGCGCGCGGAGGGGGAAGGAGAGCGAAUCUCAGAUAACGCGUUAAAGCACUUCCAAGGAGCCGAUUCGGCGAUCCUGCGGACUUGCGAAUCCCAGCUUGCAUAGAGUGCUUUUAUUUAGUUAUAAUUAUUCAGCUACAUAGGCUCUGGUGGUAAUUCCCUCUACCGCUAUGGCUACUCGAGCCCUCGUCCACUCCCACUGUCCCUCCGCUCUCCAGCCGUCGCGAACCGUCAGUCUCAGCUCUAAUUUCCAACGGAUUGUUUCUCUUUCCCAGUCUGGGGAUACGAUACGGACCACCCGCGCUAUACGUGCUAAGCUGUUCACCCGUCAACCUACAGAUGCUAAUCCCGUCAAGUCUCGGUCUAGCAGGAAACGUCACGGAAGUAUUGUACGCGCUGGGGGAAGAGUAGAGACUGAAUCCGCUGAUGUCAAUUCCAGCAACGCUGACGUGGCAGAGGUAGCGGACGAUGCGGCGGUGCCGCCGGCUGUGAUCACGGACUUAAUCGCCUUUCUCCAGCAAGAGCUGCCGAAGCUGUUCGUCGAAGGGGGCAUGAGCUCGGCGCGCUUCGCGGACAAGGUGGAGUUCGAGGACCCCAUCACGCGCUACGACACUCUGGCGGGAUACCUCUUUAAUAUCCAGAUGCUGCGAUACCUUUUCCACCCCGUCUUCAUUCUCCAAGACACGUACCAGUCUGGUCCAGCAGAGAUCACGACGCGGUGGACAAUGAAGAUGUAUUUCUGGCUGCUGCCUUGGCGGCCGGAGGUGGUGUUCACCGGGCUGUCUAUCUACGCCAUCGACCCGCGCUCGCAGCAAUUCGUGCGGGAAUAUCCUGCCUUUCAAGUCGUUCAGCUGAAUACGCCCGUCCAAUCAGCGUCUGACAUCUGGCCCUCUGCUCCUGGCGCCCCUCCCAGUCCGCAACUGGAGAAGUUACAGAGGUACUUCCAGGAAGGAAACAGCCAGAGAAAAACCAUUCCCCAGGGCCCUAUCAUGCUCAUCAGCCCGCCGGAUUCCGCCGGGCAGGAUAAAAAACUGGCGAUGGCCAUUUCCCUGGAUGCUUCGCCUUCCACACCGACCGAUCCGGACCUGACCAUUGGCACUCUGCUACGUGGAACAUGGGCAGCUGCAGCAUUCGGAGGGCUCCCAUUGGCUGAAACCUUCUCAGCAGCAGCUGCUUCUCUGCGUGCUGAUGUCACUGCUGAUGGCCUGCUGCUGGCCUCAAGAGGAUCUGGCACAGGGGCAGCUACAGCUGCUGCUGGGAGUGGUGCUACAGAUGGGACUACAGCUGGUUCAGGGAUUGGUGCUACAGAUGCUGAGGGUGCUGGGUUGGUGGGUGCUGCAUCUGCACUGGUGUCUUACCCAAGUGGUUCUCCAAUUCCAUUUCUCAAGAGAAAUGAGGUACUGUACAAGCUGGAACACUUCUCGCUGGAUUCUACCAGACAUGGUGCUCCAUACUUGUAACCACAAUGUUUCCUAUGUGAUGUGCGCAUGCCCAAAUGUGUUUCAUACGUUGAAGUGCAUAAUGCGUAGUGUUUUUGGCAAGACCUGACACUACUUGUACGAUAGUCAGGUCAGGUCUCAGAUGGAGGUGUCAACUUAUACGGUACACAUGUUUGUAUGUAAAAGUUAUAGGCUAGAUAGGUGUAUGUUCUUAGAGGGUACAACUUUAACCCUAUCGCCCUUGUUCUCACUUAUUUCUAGCCUUUCUCGU